CGCUCGGGUCAGACCCCCACAGUGGCCGACUGUUCCCCCUCACUGCGGGUCUCGUGACGGUUGCGAGGAGCGACGACAGCGCCGCUCUCGCGCUCAUCUGCGCUUGUUUUUGUACGCGCGUGCCAGUCGGAAAAAGAUGGCGGACACCGAGGGAGACGAGUCUCGGCCCGCGGCUACACCGCCGUCUCUCAGCGCGGCGCAGCGCAACGGACCCGCCGCCGGCCCCACCACAGUGGCGUCCGGGCCCCGCAUCGUCCGGAUCGUGAAGUCGGAGUCGGGCUACGGCUUUAACGUCCGCGGGCAGGUCAGCGAGGGCGGCCAACUGCGGAGCAUCAACGGGGAGCUGUACGCUCCGCUCCAGCACGUCAGCGCCGUGUUACCGGGCGGAGCGGCGGACCGGGCGGGCAUAUCUAAAGGAGACCGGAUUCUGGAGGUAAAUGGCGUGAGUGUUGAGGGUGCAACCCACAAGCAGGUGGUGGAUCUGAUCCGUGCAGGAGAGAAGGAGCUGGUCCUGGCCGUAUUGUCUGUGCCGCCACAAGAAGUGGAUGGCCUCGACCCGGGAGAGGAUGGCUCUGCCACGCCAAAUUAUGACUACAGUGACAAGCAAGCAGUACCCAUCUCUGUCCCCACCUACAAACACGUGGAGCAGCAUGGAGAGAGAUUUGUGGUCUAUAACAUCUACAUGUCUGGCAGACAGCUGUGCUCUAAGCGCUAUCGUGAGUUUGCCAUCCUGAACCAGAACUUGAAGAGAGAGUUUGGCACCUACACCUUCCCCAAACUGCCUGGGAAAUGGCCCUUCUCCCUGUCCGAGCAGCAGCUGGACGCCCGCAGGAGAGGACUGGAGGAGUACCUGGAGAGAGUGUGCUCAGUAAGGGUCAUUGGGGAGAGUGACAUUAUGCAAGAGUUCCUGUCGGAGUCAGACGAGAACUAUAAUGGUGUGACGGACGUGGAGUUGCGAAUAGCACUGCCUGAUAAGACCACCAUUUCUGUGAGAGUACGGAAGAACAGCACCACUGACCAAGUUUACCAGGCACUAGUGAUGAAGGUUGGCAUGGACAGCAUCAUGGCCAGUUACUUUGCCCUCUUUGAGGUCAUCAACCACUCCUUUGUUCGUAAGUUGGCCCCUAACGAGUUCCCCCACAAGCUGUAUGUGCAGAACUACACCUCUGCAGUGCCAGGAACCUGCCUGGCCCUUAGAAAAUGGCUCUUCAGUACCCAGGAGCAUGACCUGCUCCGGGAUAACCCCCUGGCUCUGCACUACUGCUUUCACCAGGCUCAGGAUGAUGUGAAGAAGGGAUUCAUCAAAGCCGAGGAUAAGUCCUACCAACUUCAGAAGCUAGCUGAGCAGAGGAAGAUGGCGACAUAUCUGAGUCUGCUGCGCACGUGUGAGGGCUAUAAUGAAGUCACGUUUCCUCAUUGCUCGUGUGAUUCGCGGAGGAAAGGUCACGUGAUCUCAGCUAUCGGCAUCCACCACUUUAAACUGCAUGCUUGCACUGAGGACGGCACGUUGGAGAAUCAGGUUAUAGCGUUUGAAUGGGCUGAGAUGCAGCGGUGGGACACUGAUGAGGAGGGCAUGGCUUUCUGCUUUGAAUACACACGAGGGGAGAAGAAACCUCGCUGGGUCAAGAUCUUCACUCCAUAUUUUAACUACAUGCGUGAGUGCUUUGAGAGGAUUUUCUGUGAGCUCAAAUGGAGAAAAGAGGUGGAGGAGGAGGCCUCGGACAAGGACAACAAGAACUGCAGUAACAACGAGUACCUCUCCCCUCUGGAACAACAAAAGGGAUGGCGCCACCUAGGGGGCGAGAUUGCCACCUCAUAAGACUCCGUCUCCUGGCCUCUGGAAAUCAGCAUAAACUGAGCUGGACCAUCACACUAGAGCAAACCAUCCUAAUAACCAUGUUCCCACGGCAUCACCCCAGCAAUGCCAUAACAUCCACGUUACUACAAAGACAAAAAGGCUCCUUUCCACAAAAAAAGGUUCCAUAGGCCUGCCAUGUCACCUUGGCAACUGAGGAUAACCCUUAUUUCCAUGGCGACACAGACUCAUCGCUAAGCUUGGGACCAGCACGGGCUACAAGUGGACAGCAAAUAGACAGCACCAGCAGGAUCCGCAGUCACGUCAUCAGUAGCAGCAUCACUUCGCCGCCCGUUUGUAAACGCUCAGAAAUGCAGAAGACAGCUUGAGGGCUGAGAGAGUCGCUGGCUCUCACUCUCCUGUUGCCUGGCGCUACCAUAGCAUGAGCCGCCGCCGCUGGUCAAAGAAGAGACGCUUUGUCUCCGUUUGCCACUGUCGCAGUGUGUAGUGAUCGGCUGCCAGCUUUAGAUUGGUUGUUGGGGCCGUUACCCCCAACAGUGUGACUGAUCAGAGUCAGCGUGUACGUUUGUAGGGUUCUAGGACUAUUUAAGAGAGGCAGAUUCUGGGAGUCUGAGAUUGUGAGUUGAGGCAGGAUGUGUAAGUUAAGAACUGAUCAUAACAGUUAAUAACAAUAAAUACAAGUAUUUAGACUAAUGGAGCUUUGACAGUGCUGGACCGGUGCUCACUGAAGUACUUCUGAGGUUUAGCCUCGAAGGUAAUCCUAGCCGUCCACUCAGAUUUAAACACAGUCUUUUGAGCAAAGGCGCUUAAUAGCAUUUCUCUAGUUAAUAAUUCAGCAUCGCUGGCUAAAACGCUCUUUAACACAGAGGCUAAACUGAAUUGUUGGAGAAUUCAAGAAAAGGUGCUUAUUAGCCGUUCACGUUUCUUUAUGAUUACUUUGGUUAUUUUAACAACUUGCAUUUGCAAUAAGAACGACACAGAGUCUGAUGAAGUGCGGAACUGCCUCAAGGCUUUUGAGAUUGAGUUUACCCUUUACAGAAGAGUUAUAGACUGUGUGUGUGUGUGUCUGCGUGCAUGAGUGAGUGAAAUGCUGUCGGGUCAGAUUAGGGCUGGGCUAAUUUAAAUUAAUCUGAUUAAUCAAAUUACUGUUUUUUAGUUCAAUUUUCAAAAUAGAAGAACUCUUCUUUUGGCAGUGAUUUUUUUUUUUAUUUUACACUUUUUCUACAAAAUACUGAAAUACAAGGAGGUUAUGUUUAUUGCACCAUGUUUAAUAUAAAGCUACAUGUAAGGUUGAAACGAGCUGCUUACUAUUUGGGGAAAAAAACGGCAAAAUGUUCAAAUUAAAUGUGAAGUAAACAAUAGCUUGCAUCACAUUAAACGGUGCUGUCUGUUUAUAAAGUAAAAAAAAAUAAUUAUAGUUGAUGGAUAUAAUUCCGAUAUUGAUACGAACAGUAUAAAAGCCACAGAAAAGCUGUCAUCUGGAAAAUAUUGGUUACAGUGUGCAAUACGUAAAUUGGUUAAUAUCAUGUGGUGUAAAAUGUAAAUCUUUAAAUAUCUAUUAUAUCACAAUAUAUAUUGAUUCUGACACGCAGACCAAAUGCAUCGAUAGCUCCAGUUCUUAAUCCAAAAGUUUUUGUAGUAACACUGUCAACAUUUACACAUGCAGUUUUCUUUUCAUUCUCUCUCUCUCUCUCUUUAUAUAUAUAUAUAUAUAUAUAUAUAUAUAUAUAUAUAUAUAUAUGUAUGUAUGUAUAUAGAUGUGUAAAGCAUCAAAACUACCCAGAGAAAUUAUAACACUUAAAAAAAAAAAAGAUUGGUCUUAAGGAAGAAAAAAUGUAUAGUCCGAAUGGAUCCCAGAAUUCUAUUGUGAUCAAAAUAAUACAUUUUGAAUCGAUUGACACCACUAUUUUUUAUUUAAAACAUGCACUAAUUUUUAAUAAUAAUAAUAAUAAAAAAUAAAAUAAGGACAGAUUUUAAACACUCCACUGAGGGUCAGAGUUUUUGCUUUUUUUGUCUGAUUUGCAGAUUUAGAAAAUGCUUUUACAAGUAUAUAAUGUUUUGCAAUCACAAAAUUUAGCUUGAUUAAAUAAAAUAUUCUCAUAUUGCCCAGCAUUAGGUGGGAGCGUGCGUGUGUGCGUGCGUGUGUUGUAAGGCAAUAACAGUAAAAGCAGGUAUGCUGGGACAGCAGUGGUUUAUGGGGUAUACUGGGAGCAGUGAGUGAGGAAACAUUUCAUUUGUUGUUUAUGUUCAGGUGCAUUUCUCUCGUCUUCCUGCAGGGGGCAGCACAGUACUUACAAACAAAGAGCUUUCUCCUGUUUCAGAAUAUUCAGUGUCUAAUAGAGGAGAUGGAGAGAAGUUUAGUGUUUGCAUCUGGCUAAUGUUUAGCAGUUUAUUAAAGGUGUGUGUAUUUGUGUGUGUGUGAUUGCGUUUGUGUGAUUGCAUGUGUGUGUGUGCAGGUGUGUGUGUGAGAGAGAGAGAGUGAUUGAGUGGGUGAGCCUGAGCUUUAACUGCAUCGAGUAGUUAAAGAGUGGUCUUCCAGGCUCUUCAGAGCAAUGGCUCCCUGGGGCUCAGUAAUUUGCCCUCUGAACAUAGCACUGCAUCCUGUCUAUUAAUCGAAGCAGGUGGAUGGAGAGAGUAAAGAAGAUGGAGAAAGAGAGACAGGAAGAGUGAGGAGGAUGGAGAGAGUGAGAGUGAGAGAGAGAAGAGAGCAGAAUACAUCAACCCAGGUAAAGAUAGAUGCAUUAGCCCAGUUUUAUUAACACUAACAGUCCUUUAUCACUCGGAAAUGGAUUGAAUCUCUAAGCAGGGUGAUGAUCUCUCUCUCUCUCUCUUUCUCUCUAUUUUUCUCUCUUGCUAUCAUUCUCCCAUUUAUCUCUCUUACUUUCUUACCUUCUUUCUAACUGCCCCCUCAUAUCCCCCCACUCAUCCCAGCUUACACCCAGUCUACCAUUCACCCUCAAAAACAGUUUGUUUAAGAUCUGUUAGGUCUGUUUGUUUUUCCUUUAUAUUUUCUUCAGAUCAAAAGGGAAAAAGCAAGACAUCUGGAUGAAUCAUUAAUUGUUCAGUUUAGUUCUGAGUGUGUGUGUGUGUGUGUCUCUGAGUUUGUGUGUGAGACUCUUUGGUCAGAGAAGAUCUUCUUGUUGCCUUGGCAGCGUAAAUCCACAUAUACCUUUUUUGGGCUCAGUGUAUUUACAAACCUGACGAACUGUGUCCCUGCUGUAGAACUGAAAUUCUGUGCUAAGCUGAAGAGCUGUUCAUCUACACAAAUGAAGAAAGUUGGCCUUUUCGCAUCGUGAGUGUGCUGUGUCCGUAAUCGGUCGUUAUGAGUUUUUAAGAGACACAGAGUCAGAAAAAAAACAAACAAAAAAAAAAAACUAAGCUGUGUCGUAACGUUAAGCAGCGCUAUGAUAACUAUUUGUUCCUGUGGUCAGUGUUUCUUUUGUGUCUGAAGCGUCUAAGAAUAUGAAUGUACCAGAAUGGAUUUGAAAGAAAAACCUGUAUUUUUUUUUUUUUUUCUCUCCCACUUUGAAGUACGUAGCUUCAGUUUUGCAUCUGAAAAGUGACUUGAAAUGCACACAUUCAGGACCACAAUAUAAGCUGUUACGAAGAAUCGCAAAUUUGCAUUUUCUAACUUCUUACCACGUGGGAUUAAUUUUUUUUUUUGUUUAUUUCUUUUUGUCUUUAGAAAAGAUUUGUUCUACAAAUGGAGAGCGCGUUCUAAGUAAUGAGCAGGUUAAGUUCACAAAUGUGUUUUUGUCCUAGUUCAAGAGUUUACUUGUAAAUGUGUUGCUUAUAUGUCGUUUUGACAAAGCGUUCACUGUAGCCUCUGACUGAAAUAUAUAUAUAUAUAUAUAUAUAUAUAUAUAUAUAUAUAUAUAUAUUAAUUAAAAUAUAUUAAAGAUAUAAAAAUAAAUAUAUUUACAAUAGGAGAUCCUGUUGAAAUAAAGCUCUUUUAGGUCGAGGGAGGGAGGAGAUUUAAUUUAUAAAUGGAAAAGAUGAUUUCAGAUAUUUCAUAUAGCUUACCGACAAAUUAACAACCAAUAUUGAUAACCAAUAGUUUUCUAUCUAAAACAGGGAUUUCAACUAACCAAUGAAAUAAAAACUCAAGUUUGGAAAAUGUUAUGUAGAAUAAAAAUAUUGUAACAUAAUAUUUUAAAUAAAAUUAUCUAUUGAUGAAGAAA